AUGCGCUCCAUCAUAACGAAGGCUCCUUCCCAAAUCAAGGUUAUCAGCGUCCUUUUUGCUAUAGUAUACGCGAAUAAGGACAGGGUGGAUAGACAUCUUGAACUUGGUAAAAGAUUCCUAGCAAAGGGACAAUUCGGUGAUGCCCUUUCACAUUACCAUGCAGCCAUCGACUUGGACCCUCUCAACUACCAAACUCUUUAUCGGAGAGCUACUGUCUAUCUUGCUAUGGGGAAAAGUAAAUCAGCUCUUCCCGAUCUUGAUAAAGUUGUCGAACUGAAGGGAGAUUUCACAGCUGUGAGUUUGCCUUUUUAG